AUGAAGCUCUUAUCAGUCUUUGUCGCUCUCGCGUUUGGUCAAAAUGAUACGACUCCGGAGCCGGCUCCCACGACGCCCGUUCCUGAUCCAACAACUCCAGAACAAGUGCCGACAACAAUUGAGCCAACGCCGAAACCGGUUGUUCCAUCAGAGAUCAAAGUCCUUUACGACGAGGCUGACCAGCCUUGCAUCAUGAUGCAGUUCGUCGCAGAAGUUCAAACUCAAACAAACAACUAUACUAUUCGAUCAAACGAAACAGAAGUCAUCACCUCUGAAUCAUCAUGCCUUGGCUUUGACGGAACGCAAGCCGGCGCUCUUGUUGUCAAUUACAACGAUGAUGUUCAGCUCAACUUCGCGCUCAGCUACAAUGUCACUGGCCUUGGAAAUGAAACUAAAUGGAAGAUUGACUCUAUCACAGCUGUUGAUGCGGAUGAUGUUCGACUGGUCACUGAAGAUCUCAAAGCGGAGUGGAUCUACGGAGGAAUCGCAUACUCUUGCAUUACUGGCUUCACUUCCAACUUGACUGUAGAAGAACAACAGAAUUCGACGGCUAGCAUUACAAUGUCCGACUUGUGGGUUGAAGUCGCCUUGGCUAACUACCCGAUUGAAAACGCUACACACUUUUCAAAGGCAAUCAGUUGCGCUGCUGAUAUUGAAGAGUCGCUUCUUGUGCCGAUCAUUGUUGCUACUGCUCUCGCUGGUUUGGUUCUCGCUAUUUGUGUCGCUUACAUUAUUGGAAGACGAAAAACAUACAGUGGAUACAAUCCAAUGUAG